UAAUUAGUCAUCUGUUUGCAUUGAUACGUGUUUGAUCUUGUCUUUUCUAGGUAAAUUAGUCCUUUGACCAUAGACCAGUCUAUGCUGGCUUUAUAUCAGGAUGGGGGUCAGAAGAUAUUGGUUUUACUGGGAAUACCAUAUUAUUCUCCUGUCUAUUUUGUCAUUGCACUGGAAGGGCAGGAAUUGUGAAGAACAGACAGAGCUUGUACCAGUGUUUAAAAUCGAGGCACCAGCAGAGGUGACAGUGCAGAGGGGACUCUGUGUGAUCAUCCCCUGUAACUUUAUUAUUGGUCCUGAUUAUACCUUAACUAAAGAUGCCAUUGGAAUCUGGUAUAAAGGAAGAGAAAGUGGCAUAGUUGCAGCUUCUACUGACUCCUCUCAGUUCCCUGAUACAACAAACGGGUGCUUUAUAUUCACUGGGAAAGUGAGUGCAGGAGACUGUUCCUUCUCUAUCAGUGAUGCACAACCAGGAGAUGCUACACACUAUCAGUUCAGACUUGUGGAUGAAGAUUCUUUAAAAUUUAGCUAUCUUCAUAUCCAGCCAUCGGUAUCUGUGACAGGCUUAAAAGAACCUGAUAUAUCUCCAAACAAUGAUCUGACCGCUGGUGAAGAAGUGACUGUGACUUGCACUGCUCCUACACACUGUCCUGGGCUCUCUCCAACCUUCACAUGGGAAGGAAGUGUAAAUACAGAAAAUACACAGAAUAAUACAUUGAGGCACCAAGAUGGGACUGUCACCUACUGGUCAACUAUCACUUUCACUCCAUCACUGAGUGACCAUAAUUCCUCCUUAACCUGCACUGUGACUUAUAAACAUGAGUCUGCAAAGACAAGUAUCACUUUGAAUAUUGAGUAUCUACCCAUCCUGAAUAUAACUGUUCCAGGGGGAACGGGAGAGAGCAGCAGUCUAUUUCUGAGAGAAGGGGACUCCCAGGAAAUCUACUGUAAAGUGAACAGUAACCCAACGGCCAAAAUUAGCUGGACUAAAGGAAAAAGCCCUGUUGAGAAUACCAAGCAGAAUGGACAUAAAUUGACUCUUUCACUAUGGAAUGUAGCAGAGAAUGACACUGAUAUAUAUACAUGUACUGCACAGAACCAAAGGGGAAUCAACAACCACUCAAUCAGCGUCUCUGUAGAAUAUGCCCCUCGACAGCCAAAAAUCUCUGUAUAUAACCUGGAAGGUUGCCUUCCUGUAGGAAAUAUCUCAGUUCCAGAUGGAUCUACACUGUCCUUACACUGCAAUGCUAAUAGUAACCCCCAAGCAUCAUUUUCCUGGAUUCAGACUGAUCCGCUCAAACAGCUGUCUGAUAAUGAUGUACUGAAUAUCCAGAUUACACAUAAUAUUGUAUGUAUAUGCCAAGUUGAAAAUAAAUAUGGGCUAUCAAAUAAUUCUCUCAUCAUUAUUGUCACACGAAGAAGAAGUUACAGGAGGACAAAACUACUAAAGAGAUGCCUAAAAGUGAUGGAGAUGUGCUUUAUAAUAAUAUAGAGAAUAUACAAAGCAUCAGCGAUAAAUCCUACAUGGACACAGAGAAAACAAAACAGAAUAAGGAUGAUUCAGAUUUGUAUAUGAACUAUGAAAAAGAGGUGCAAUAUGCCUCC